AUGACAAAGGUUUUUCCACCUGAAUACUAUGGAAUUAUCUUCCAUGUUAACUUAUACAAGGGUGAAAACAAGACAAAGGAUGUCCAGAGGGCACAUGUUUACACUUCAAAAGAUAGUAUUACCAUCAUGUCAAAUGAUUGGAAAACAAAUAUCGCUACAGUUCCAACUUUAAACGUCGAAAAUGUUGAAGCAAAGGGAGAUCUUGAAGUCCUCCUCAGAGCAAGAGGCGAUCCAAAGCCAAUCUUUUACUUAUUUGAAACAUCAAAGAAGGACAAGCUUACAGCUGCACUCAAGCCAGAAUUCGAAAAGACUUCCAAGCCAAUAGUUUUCAAAUCUGAAUCAGUCAUUCUUCCUACUUUCAUGGAAUCGAUUCCUUCUUCAAUUUUGCUCGAUAAUUCACAAAAGCUCGCUCAACUCUUUUUCUCUACCUUCUCCAACAAGAACAACAUUCAAUCAUUCUAUGACAUGAUCAUUUGCCUCUAUAGAUUACGUUUCUCUAACGAAAAGGCAGGUGCCUAUGACAAGAACUUCCCAUUGCUUGUUGCAACACUCCGCCGCGAGCUCCUCUUCAACUGGUAUGUUGCUCUCGCACGUGCUUGCAGGUUCAAAGUCGAACCAAACGCGUUCGAAUAUUUUGUCAGAAUCAUCAUCAACACAUCUGCUGAUAUUGCCACUGUUUCAGAAACACUUUCCAUCCAGUGCACAGAAUUGCUCAACGCAAUCACAGAAAUGUCAGAAAAUGGCAGAGCCGAAUCAAUUAUUCAAUCAGCAGAAGUUCUUCGUGCCAAGGUUGCCAUGAAAUCCGAACAGGAUUACAAGGAAAUUCCUCCACCAAACCAGAACCUCUGCGAUUUGAUGAUCAAAGUCGCUCUUGUCUUAUUCUGUGGUGUCCAGGUCAAUACCUUCAACGUUGAUAUUGAACGCCUCACAGUUGCUGCUAUAGACUUCGCAAUGGCAUGCCACAACAAGAUCGUCACCGAUGACAGUUUCAAGACUUUGAAGAAGGCUCUUGAAGCAUACACAAUGGAGCUUUUACGUUUCAUGGAUGCUAGAAGAUACGAUCCAGAGUUCCACUUCGUCUUCAUCGCAUUCUCAAUCGUUGAUGAAAUCAAGAGAAUGAAAUUCGAGUUCAAAUAA